AUGACACGUCCAAUCUACUUCCAGCACAUUGUCAACGCUCUGGAAGAACUCUUCCCCCCGUCCGAGGGAUAUAUCUACAAGCGCGGCUGGACCAUCAACCCCCUGACCCAGGCAGAAAACCUGACCCUCAACGAGGUCCUCGAGCUCUCGACCCCCGGGUCCACCACGUUCCUGGUGGUGGUCGGCGGCCACGAGCGGCCCCCCGAGAAGAACGCAUUGCUAUGGCGGUUGAACCAUCUGAAAAUGCUGGUUCCCCACAGCGCCGGACGCUACCUGGACUUCGAGGGACUUGUCAUCGUUGGCAAAAAGUGUCGAUUCUACUCGCUAAAUUGCGAGCAGCGGCGACGACUUUUGAGGAAAGAUCCCCGCGCCCUCCAUGCGCGGAACCGGCGGAACGAGUAUCGGAUAGUGGGGGAGAUGUCGGCCAUUCACCAGAUUCUGAGUGGGUUUAAGGUCUUGUGUCAGAAGAAUAGUUUCUGGGUGGCGCCGCCUGGAGCGUCGCCGGCGUCGGAGCCGGAGCUGCAGUAG